AGGCGACACGUUUGUUUGCCGUUUCGCGCCAAACUAGUGUGGGAGAGAGAGCGCAAUUGAAGAAGAAGAAGAAGAAGAAGAAGAAGAAGACGACGACGACGAAGGACAUGGUCCAGGUGUGUUUCGUGCUGGAUCUGCGGAGCUUGUCUCCUCCGUUUCUUAGAGACGUAAAGCAGUCCUUACUACAGGUAGCUAAUUUCUACGCCAUUUCAUCAUCGUCCUCUUUUUUGCGUAAAUCGAACUCUCUCAGAGAUAGGAUUGGCUUGUGCUACGUCUUUAAAAACCGAUUUUCUUCUUCUGAUGAGCUGAAAAUCGCUUACCGUCCCAGAGAAAGCUUCAAUCUACGCGAUUUCCACCAUGCUGUUAACCACUUGCCCUCCGAUGCUUUUCUUCCUCAAAUCAAUGAUUCGGACUCUCUCUGUCAUCCGGGGGAUCUAAAACUUUCAACUAUGUUGAGUGAUCAAUUUUUAUAUUCCUGGGGAACUGGUAAGGAUAUCGUGAGGAAAGUGAUAGUUCUGAGCUCAUGCUUUCCAGAAGAUGUAGACUCUAUCAUGAGAAAAUCUCUCGCGGAUGCAGCAGACAAGUGUGUUUCAGUCGAGUUUCUGUUAUUUGAGCAAAAAUCAGGUCAUCUCAUUGAUACACAGCAAAAUAUCAACAAUUUCUUCAGAUAUAUCUCUGAUCUAGAUAAUUGCUCGUUUCAAACCUAUCUCCCAGAUGUCAGAGUGUUGCAUGGCCUGGUUAAACGAUGGAAAGCGGAUCUAGAGGACGAUGCGGAAGAACCAUUGCAAGCUCGUUUUCUCUUUAAGAACAAUCUUGUAGGCUCAGUGAAUCAGAUCUCCUGCAACUUGUACAUAUCUAUCAAUAAAAUAAUUGAUGGAUUCAGUCCCUGCCAGACAUGCAGUUGUCAUGGAAUUCCGUUAGAAGAUGCCAUAAGAAACAGGACAGAGGGACCAUCUUGUCCAGCCACUGGCCAUGAUCUUGGAAAAGAUGCUGUGAUAGAAAAUUCGGUGAAGGUUGGAGAAAAUAUAAUGCUCUUUCUGCCGUCAUUCCAGAGCUCUAUGAAAUUUCAAAAAAUUUCUUCACCAAUUGACUUCAAUGUUGUUGAGCGGAUUAACUUGGGGUCUCUAAGUGAAGGUAGUAUAAUGGGGGAUUCCUAUGUCGUAAUUCCAUCAGCUUGUCAUGAAAUAGAAGCUGCUUCAGAUGACAUAGAACAGUUAGAGUUGAAUGCUCAACUUUUUCAAGGGCUUUGCAGCGCUUUAUAUUCGCUAGACCAGGGUUUGGUAUGCUCCUCCCGUUGUAAUAUGGAAACCAUGAAAGAGGCUGCUUUCCACUGCUAUUAUAUUCUUCAACCUUCAGACAAUGGCCCAAUGCUUCUCAGGCGUCUUGCGGGAUCAGAGGAAGUCUCUUGUGUUCCUGACCUCAAUCAAUGUAUUCAUUCUUCGGUGACCGAGGAAAUUCAGAACUCCAUUCAAUCUUCUUUGUCACUGAUUGAACUAAAAGACUAUGAUCCGGUGGUGCAUGAGAGAGGCUUCCAUCAAAAACUAAACUUGCUUGUCAAAGAAAGUUUACUAUUUGGGUCAGUACAUCCUAAAUUUAAAGAGGUGGCCUCUGAACCGAAGAUAACUCAACCUGACUCUUUACAUGAGAUCGUACAAUCAAAUUCUGGAUUAGAUGUUGUACUUGUGGAAGAGGAAUCCCUGCAGUUUGAUCUGCCCAUGGGAGAAGACAAAACCAGCGCCCAUAUUACAGAAGAAUGGGAGCAGCUGGUUGUUAAUGAAGUCCCAAAAAUAUAUUCUCCAGCUUGUCUUUCCAAACCCAAGUUGGAUCAAUCAGUUCUAUCGCCUGCAAAUAGUAAUAGGCAGCUGGAUGUAAAAACUUCAAGGAUUUUAGAGAGACUGGAGGUCCCGAGACAGUUAAAAAAGAGAGUAUUUUCUCCUGUUACCACAAACAGUGGGAUGAUGGAUACUUGCGUUCCAAGGAAGAAGCCUCUUACCCCACUGCAGUCCGUUGAUGCUACUGCAAGCCAGCUAAUGAAACCAAAUUUCCAUAGACUAAAAAGGAAACAUAAAUGAAAAGAAGGCUGCUGCUAGUGUUGAGCAUGGAGUAUCUUUGCGAAAAAGGUCAAUGAGGAAUUCUUUUCAUAUUUGCAUCUCUCUCUUCCCAGAGCAUUUCAACGGCUUGCCUGCAAUGAAUUCAGAAGGCCCCAUAUCUGUGAUAGGAACAGGGAAAGGAAAGCUGAAAGCGCUGUCGGUGUGAAGAUAAAAAGUUGGUUCACAAAAAGAAGUGGAAUAUAGAUGUUACAGCAUAAAGCAACGCAGAAAACUAUCAAAUUCAGUGAAGCGGGGCCGGGGACUGACCUACUCGGGCAUGGGUGUGAUUAGAGGCAAUGCGCUCGUAGACACAGUGCCAGUUGGGUUUGGCAAAGUGAGACUUGACACGUGUACCGGAGACGAUGUCAAUGCCAUUCUUCGCAUGAUUGAGGGACUGAAGCAUGGCAAUGAGAGCAGAACGGGCAUCACCCUCUUCGUAGACGCUGGUGCAGUAAGUAUUGAGAUCAAUCACUCCCCUGCUGUCCAGUUCAGCGACCUCAUUCAUCUCCCCUCUAAACCAGUCGAAGGACCCCUGCUCCCGUGUCACCCAGUAAAAGUAUGUCUUCCUUGUCUGGAAGUUGUUGAUCGUUGACCCUGCUGCUUUUCUUUUUGGUACUGCUUCUGCUGUUGUUGCUUUUAAUGUCUGACCGCUUCUCCCAUUCAUUCCAUUCUCUAAAGCAUCCUCCUCCUCCUCCUUUACGGCCUUGAUGUUGUUUACUAUGUCCUUCAUAAUACUGAUCAUUGGGGUUGCCCCAAUUCCCAGCCCGACUAAUAACACCACCUCAUAGUUUUUGUAUUCU